GAGUCAAUCAACUCCCACUGACCAACUACCGAACCAAUCCAGACAUUCACCAUGUUCUUGAAGCUCGCCGCCGGUAUCAUCGCUACGACCUUCGUAGUCCUGAAGGUCAAUGCUGAGACGCACACCGUCACUCUCAGUAACAACUGCGGUUUUGGCACUACCACCCUUUUGUCGCAGAGUGGACAGGUUCUGUCUACCGGCAGCGCGUAUACCGCAAACGGUCCCGCGUAUGGACUGGUUGCUUAUCUGCAGGCGUACCGCCGAGGUGUAUUACGUCUAGGUAGCGUCCGGUCCAUCGACCGUGCGCGCUUCAACUUCUAUGACGGCUGCGAUGGCGUCGGUGAGGACUGUGAUUGCUGCCUCACCUAUCAUACGCAGGCCCGACCACCCCUCGCCCGAAGCUGCAGCGCUGACAAUGUGAACAUCAACAUCACAUGGUGCGGGUGAGCGGGUGAACUGUGUAAGGGACUAGUACGUAACGGAGU